AUGACGGACACCGAUUCCGGGGUUCUCCGGCGAAGCCAGAAGCGAAGUGCUACGUCACGGCUGCGCUGUAUCUGUACCACCACUACCACCACCACCAUCACCACCACCCACGUCGAACAGAAAGAGCGCGAAGAGAUGAUCAGCCACGAGACCCUGUACGGCCUCGCGAACUCGCUCGGCGCGUGCGCGAUGCUCACCGUGCUCGCGUACCACUUCCUCGCCGUCAACGCGAAGUACGUCGGGCAGAAGCAGGGCGCGAGCGCAGCGGCGCGACAGGCCGUCCCUGGCGCCUGGCCGCUCUCCCUUUGCGCUGCGUUCGUGAUGGGCCGCGCGCACGACAGCCUAUCGCACGGGCGUCCCCGCCCACGCCCCCGCGCGCAUGUGGACACCCUCCUCCUCCUCCUGCUCGUCACGCGCAUCGUAAUCGUCUUCUGCAGGCGCUGCCCAGAGCCAAUUACCUCGCAUCCUCGCCUCCUCGCCCUCGCCGGAGGCGCUGAACGAGCAGCCAUGGUGUGUCAUGCCGCUGCCUCCAAACCCCCGAGACGCUUCUUCGUGGGCAUCUUCGUAUCACUCUAUUCUUGCGAGAAUGAGAAGGCCACGAAGGUCACCGCUCCCUUGCUUCCCGCGUGCGGCCUACUUAUAGCCCACCUCAUCGCAGAGCGCAGAGAGUCCUCCAAAGUCAUAGGCCCCCUGCUCGCGGCGUUGUUUUCCUCAAGCAAAAUGGCAUCAGCCUCAGAAAUCGCCAGCCUGCUGGGCACCCUAACCAGCGCGAUUGACGUGUUCAGGGCCGAGCUAGUCCAGCAAGGCCUGCCAGAGCCUUCCCUGCUCAUGUCGGAGCCUCACGCCAUCGAUGACGCCUCGUACGUACCCCCGCCUGCGAUGUACGAAGCGCGGCGGCUCGCCAUCGCCUCCCUGAACAGCCUGAAGCUGCUCCUGGAGAACCCGGUGGAGGCCGCCGUGAACACGAUCAGGGAGAGCGCGGAGAUCCAGGGCGUGCGCCUGGCGGCGGAGAUCGGGCUGCCAGAGCUGUUGGCCGGCGGCGGGGGCGCGAGCGUCGCGGAGGUCGCGCGGCGGACCGGGAUGCAUCCGCUGAAACUGGAGGGCGUGCUGCGCUUGCUCGCGCACCGCGGGUGGGUGCGCGAAGUCGCGCCGGGACAGUUUGUGAACACCCGCCGGAGCCAGACGCUGAGGCGGGACACUCCCGGCUACUGUGCGGUCAGAUACAUUUAUGAUCUGAUGUACAGGUUUAUGGGCAAGCUGCCAGAGGCCCUCACGCACCCCGACGAGUCUUUCCGGAUGGCCACGGAUGUUGCGCACACCGCAUGGAACCUUGCUUAUGACACCGACCUGCCUUUCUUCGGGCCCGCGAGCUGGACUGCGAAAUAUCCAGAGGACGCUGAGAAGUUCGCACUAGGCAUGGGUGGCCUGGGAGCGUGCUCCGAUAAUGGGGUCGUGAAUGAUUUUCCCUGGGUUGAAUUUGCCAAAGACAGGGACGCCGUUGUGGAUAUCGGAGGUGGGCAGGGCACUUUGGCAUGCUCAUUGGCCGCAGCCCAUCCAGAGAUUACGAGCUUCGUAGUGCAGGACAUACCAGCCGUUCGACAGUCCGCGGAAAAGUACAUAAGCUCCAAAGGUCUAUCAGAUCGCGUCAAAUUCGAGUCGCAAGACUUUUUCGAGCCUAACAGGCGCCAAGGAACAGGCAGCUAUGUCUUCAUCCUCCAGAAAGUGCUCCACGACUGGAAUUCUGAAGAUGGCGCCAAAAUCCUGAGGCAGAUCCGGGAAUGCCUUCUAGACGGCAAGAGCACGUUACUUAUCAUCGACCCGUUACUUUCGCCUGCAACUAUUUCCUCGGAAGGUCCCAGUGCCAGGGUGUCGCUCGCAGCACUUCACGCAGAGAGUAAAUACCGCCCUGUACCGCCUCCUCCGUAUAUUCCAAGUGGCUUUGGCGAUAAUUGGAUGGAAGCCUAUACUACCAACGUCGUUCUUAUCGCCCUGUGCAAUGCUUUCGAGCACUCUUAUUCGAGUCUGGAAGAUAUGCUUAGUCGCGCUGGUAUGAAAAUCAGAAAAGUCAAUGCUAUAAGGAGUUUCGUUCAGAUCACGGAAGUGGAAGUCAGUUGA